AUGAACCAUUUUCCUUCUCCAAGCCCUUGCGGUUCCCUCACCUUCACCUGCUUCACCCAGCCUUGGCCACCAUCUCCUUUACCCUCACUCCCCCUUGCUGCACCCAAACCAUUAAACGUCUCCCCUCACCGAAGCUGCAAGUUUAGUCGCGGACCAGCCACACUCGCCUCACCAAAACCACCGUGCCCCCACCCAGAAUCACCUUCACCCUUCACUGACUGCGGCCACCACUACGCCACAAACCACUCUUCCUCUCCACACCAGACCGUGCCCCAUUUCUCCCUUCACUGCACUCGCCCUCCACCGACCGCGAAACCACCAUUAUCUACCCUCACCGAAACCUUAAACCCCCGCGGAGACUCUCCCUGA